CUCAACCUUUCCUUCAAUAAAAUAACCAACAAUAAUCCUGGUAAAACCCUCCCAAGAGCUCUUGUUUAUGCUGUUUUGUUGGUUGUUUUGGGGUACUUUUUCCCUCUUGUGGUGGGAACUGGAGCUAUGCCAGUUAACAUUGAGCUAUGGUCUGAUGGAUACUUCUCAGAAGUUGCUACAGUGAUUGGAGGGGUUUGGUUAAGGUGUUGGGUUCAAGCAGCAUCUGCUUUGUCAAAUAUGGGGAUGUUUGUGGCUGAGAUGAGUAGUGACUCAUUCCAACUCUUGGAGAUGGCAGAACGAGGCAUGGUUCCUGAGAUCUUUGCUAAAAGGUCACGUUAUGGGACCCCUCUUGUUGGCAUUUUGUUUUCUGCAUCUGGGGUGGUUUUGCUAUCAUGGUUGAGCUUCCAAGAGAUUGUUGCUGCUGAGAACUUUUUGUACUGCUUUGGGAUGCUUAUGGAAUUUGUAGCAUUUGUUAAGUUAAGGAGGAAAUUCCCAUCUGCCUGUAGGCCUUAUAAAGUGCCUGUUGGGAAAACGGGAGCAGUGUUGAUUUGUGUGCUUCCAGCACUGUUGAUAUUUGUGGUUUUAGCUCUUGCUUCUUUCAAGGUUUUCAUUAUAAGCCUCUCAGCUGUGAUCAUAGGGCUUGUCUUGAGGCCUUGUUUGAAAUGUAUGGAGCAAAAAAGAUGGCUAAGAUUCUCUGUUAAUCCUGAUCUUCCAGAUAUUUGUGAGAAUUGAAUGCAACCCUUUUUUCUUUUUCGUGCCCCCUAAUGCUUAAUUCCUGUUUCUCUGUUCAAUUGUCUCUCUGAUGCUCCAAUGUCUAUGCCAUUGAGACUAGUAUUUCAAUUCCUAUAUGAUGUCAUAGUAAAAAAAUUAUAAAGUGAACUAAUCAGAAAUGAUAAUUAAUAUUGCUUUUAAGAUAGAUAGUUAUUGUAAAAGUUAAAAAAGCAUACCAUUAAUGGGGAUUUGUGAUCAAGUCAUUGUAACUUUUACACUAUCACUCAAGGUUCAAAUUCUUGCCUUCUCAGACUGAAGUCUGAACGUCUGGAAACCUA